AAACAUUUGUUAUUCUGUGAUCAGUCUUUGUGUACAGCUGUGCUGUUAGCUGUGGAGCAGCUCUGUUAACUUAACAUGUGCAAGUCUUAUCAUGUGUCGCCGCACGCAGUGAUUGGCAAUUUGUCUAAAUUUCAUCCAAAAACUACUUCAAUAUCAAAUUUAUGUUUAUCAUUCCUUUAAAAGCAAAUCAUGUCGCAAACGCUUAAAAGAGUUUUCGUCUAUGGCACCUUGAAGAAAGGUGAACCGAACCACCAUUGGUUAACCAGUGAGAAAAAUGGCUUCUCUCGGUUGCUAGCCAAGGGCAAAACAGAGAUUAAAUUUCCAUUGGUUAUCGGCACACGUUAUAAUAUUCCAUUUUUGCUAAAUAAGCCAGGCGUUGGCCAUAAUAUAGAAGGUGAGAUUUAUGAAGUGGAUGACAAAAUGUUCUCGAACUUGGAUGUGCUGGAAGAAUAUCCCAGAUACUACGAUCGCGAGCUGCAAACUAUACUGACAAAUGCUAAUGAAAAAUUGGACUGCUGGCUAUAUCUGAUACGUAACUACCCGGAUAGCAUGUUAUCGAAACCGCUGCUCAGCUCAUAUUGCAAUCGGCCAAAUCAGCCGUACAGUGAGAAGUCAGUCAGAGAUCCGAAAUUGCCAGCCAAAGAUGAUUUAUCGUAUUGAAUAUAACAUUUUUGCAGUUAUGCUCUGAGUAGGCCAGAAGAUCUCUUCACAGAUGGAUGAAG